AUGGAUUCAAGCAUGGAUCUGGCAUGUGGAGAGGCCAUCGAGGAGACUCCUAUAAAGGAGAAUGGAGAUUUGGCAAGCCUGAAGGAUAUGGUGUUCAUACUUGGCUCAACGGAGAUACUUAUGAAGGAUAAUUCAAGGAGUUAUUACUGGCUGAAUGGCAGUUACUUCAAGGGAAAUUUCAUAAACGGCCUUAGAGAUGGUAAAGGUUCAUGGAAGAAGGGAGUUGGAAACAGUGACAGAUACGAUGGAAAUUAUCGAAACGAUAAAAAGUGGGGAUAUGGAGUUUUUACUUGGGCAAGUGGAAAUGUCUACAAAGGAAACUAUGAAGCAGAUCUCAGAAACGGGUUUGGAGAAAUGUAUUGGGUAAAUGGGACUUACUACAAAGGCCAGUGGGUUAAUGGCAUUCAAAAUGGUUAG